UAAUAUGAUAUCCAUUUUUUAUAUUUGAUCGACUUUUAUUACUAUAUUAAUUUCGCAACAAUAAUUCUUUUGAACUAAUUAAAAAUAACACGACAUUAGAUCAUUAAUUGUGUUUACAGUAGUUGCCUUUGAGUACACAUUGUUUACAUCUGUUCGUACAAUAGCCGUCAAGUUUUCCAUUCGCUAUUAGGCACAUAAUAUCUUGUCAUCGUAUGAAUAAUGAAAAAUAUUCUUAGACGUUUGAAAUUUUAUUGAUGUUGUAAGUCGAUUAUUUUCUACUAAUUGGUGUUAAGUUUCGUUUUCACAUUGGCGUUGAGCAAUCUGUACAAUGAUUUCUGAAGGGACACAUUAUAUAAAACGAAGAGUUAGAUCUGGAGCUGUAGAUGCACAUCCAACAGAACCUGCCAUUGUAGUAAAUUAUGAAUUGGACGCAUUUGUCCUUGGUGAAAAUGGAGAACCUGUAAUAGGUGAUCAUAAGGAAUGUCAAAAAGUAAUACAUUUAAAAAGUUUGAAUAGUAAUACAGAUUGUAGAGCAUUAGCAAAAGAAGUAAUACAUAAAUGUAACUUAAUACACGAAACAAAACUAUAUGAUGUAGAGCAUUUAAUUUAUUAUUUGCAAACUCGUUCAACUGCAAAUAAUAAAAUUAAAGAAGAUAAAAAUCAAUUGGGAUUGGAAAAUAGUCCAUCUAGUAUAUAUCAUAUAUGUGGUUUGAUGCCCGAAGAUAAAGCUAGUUUGGCUAAAAUUGAUGAAUAUAUUGAAAUGUUGUAUGAUGAUAUGCCUCAAAAGGUACGUGGCUCUGGAUUCAUACUAAAAGUAACCUGUGAUAAAGAUAACCUUGAAGAACUUUCAUCAUCAGAGCCAACCAUGAGUGCUUUAGCAAGAGUUCUCCGAGAAGAAUAUCGCAAGAGCUUUGAACUGAGUUCAAAUAUAAUCAAUAUAUUUCUUUGUUUUUCUGCAUAUAAAAUAUUUCAUAAAAUGCUUAUUGAUCACAAAAUUUGCUUGCUCUGUGUUGAAGUACUAGAAUAUGAAUUAAAUCGUUAUAAUAAGCUUAAAAGUCAAAUAGUAAGUGCUCCUCGUGAAUCUAAACAAUCAAAAGUGCCAACACCUUCUAAAUUGCCUGUUCCUCGAAGUGCUCCUAUAACAUCUAAAAUUAUUCGAAGCCAAAUACCUAUUAGUGCUAAUACUAAUAGUGACAGCCGAAGGCAUUCAGCAUCUUUUGAAAAUGUAAAACAAACUGUAAAAGAUAAGACACAAAAAUCUUUAGACACAAAUAGUAUAAAAACAGGAAUGAUAGCUAGAAGCCCGGAUGAAUUAGCAAUACAUCAACUGAGAAGAAAUUUAUUCAAGUUGGGAAAGAAUCAGGAUCAAGCAUUAAAAGGUGCUGUUGAACUAAUAUAUAACUUGACAAUUGACAAAACUAUGGAAGAAAAAGUUGUUCGCAAAGGCAUUAUUAAGUUGUUAUGUCUUCUAUUGGAUAGGACCAGUACUGAUUUACUUUUAAUGAGCAUUAAAUUACUUAUUCAACUAUCAGUUUAUAAAGAACAUGUAGAUAAAAUGAAAAAAUAUUCAGUAGUUGAAAAAUUACCCAAAAUGUUCAUGAUGAAGAAUCCCAGUUUGGAAAAUUAUGCUAUUAAAUUUUUGUACAAUUUAUCAUUUGAUGUAACUCUUAGUGAUGAGAUUUUAAAAGUUGGACUUUUACCAAAAAUAACGGAUUUAAUAGGCACAGAAGAAAAUAGUGAAUUGGUAUGCAGGCUAUGUUAUCAUUGCAGCAUGGAUGAUCGAUCGCGAGCCUUAUUUUCACAUACAAAUUGCUUAUCAAAGAUUGCAGAGUUAUUAUUAAAAUUUAAUCAGUACAAUUUAAUAUUGGCUGCAUUAUGUACAAAUUUAACUUUAAAUGAAAGAAAUUCACAACUGUUAAUUGCAAAGCAAGGUUUGAAACCUUUUGUUCAGUUAGCUAUUGAUACAUCAGAUUUAAUGUAUUUUAAAAUCCUGCAUAACAUGUCUAGUCAUGAGUCUUUAAAACCUCAAUUUGUAGAACUUAUUGGUCAUUUUGCUCAUUUAGUUACUAUAUUAAAAGAUAUCGAAUGCAUAAUUGAAUGUGUUGGAAUUAUAGCCAAUGUAAAUGUUCCAGAAGUAGAUUUUAAAGAACUUUUGGAGUCAAAUAAUUUAAUUUCAUGGAUGGUACAAUUUGUGAACAAUGCAUGUAAACCAAAUCAAACAGUAACAGAUGCAAGAUUAUUGAUAGAAGUUAUAAAACUCUUGGGGACAGUAUCAAAGGAUGAAAACUGUGGUGAAUUACUUUAUGAACAUGGAACAAUUCAACAAGUUAUCAAUUUAUUAAAAAAUCAAAAGGGUGAUGAUGAAUUAGCUAUACAAAUAAUGUACCUUCUAUAUCAAUUAAUGUGUCAUCCAAUUACUGGAGAUUACAUUAUACAAAAUACAGAAUGUCCAAUUUAUAUAAUUGGUUUAAUGCAUGACCCAAAUAUUCGAGUUCGUAAAAUGAGCAACUACUGUCUUGAUAUUAUUAAGGAAUUUGAUGAAACAUGGACCAAAAAAAUAAGAGCUGCAAAGUUUUGUUGGUUUAACGCCUAUUGGUUAAAUAUGAUGAAAAAUGAAAGUGAUGUGCCAUGUACAAAACCUAAAUAUGAUCCUAGUAAUGAAAUAAAUGUGUAUAGUUAUGGACAUCAAGCAAUAUUAAUGCCUGAAGAUGAUUUUAUGUAUGACAAAGAUGAUAAUAUUGAAAUAAUGUCAACAAAAUCACACACUAAUAGUAGUCGGCCAGAAAGCAGAAAUCUGGAAGAUAGAUUCGACUACGAACUUGAUGCAUUUAAUGAAGAGCCAUACAACAUUGAUAGUUAUGAUGAUGAUAUUACGAGUAUAGGUGGACAUUUGAUGCAAAAAUUUACUAACAACAUAAUUCAUUUUACAGAAUAAUUUUCUUUUUUAAUUUAUUUUGUUAUAUUACCACAUUUUAAAUUAACAACAUUAACCAUCUAAAUAAGAAAAUAAAUCUUAAAAGUAACUACUUAAUAUGUUAUUUUAUAUUAUUUUACUUAAAUCAAUAUAUUAUAUAUAAUAGAAUAAUUACUACAGAAAAUAAUAAUUUUCUUUUAUUACUAAUAUUAUACAUAUUAUGAUUUUAAGAUCUUUGAAUUAGUAGAAGAAUACCAUUAAUUUAUUAAGUACAGUAGUGUUGAUAUCUGACCAGUCAUUUUUAUUACUCAUGCUAAUCAUUAAUAUUAUAAAUUUGAGAUAAAUAUUAUAAUAAAAUGAUACUAUUAUUAACUAUAAUUUAUAAUAGAAGUUAAAUUAGUAGUUUUGUUACUGAAUUCUUAGUUCUUACUAUUAAACAGCAUAAAAGAUUAAAUAGCUUCAAAAAGCUUAAUGGUAGUGAGCAAAAAUUUAAUUUUUAUAAAAAAAAAAUACAUAUUUUAUUUUUCUAUCCAUAUUUUAUAAUUUGAGUAUAUUAAUCAACAUAACUUCAAAACAUUGUCAGAAAUAUUAACAUUUACAAUACACACAAAGUAUAUAAUUAUUAUUUUCAUUUAAAAUUUAAAAUAGAUAAUUACCAUUUUUAUUUGAUAGACCUAGUAUGAUAUGGGUUUAUAUUUUAUAGAUCCCUCCACUGAUUUAAUUUUGCAGUUUUGUGACCUAAUCUAACACUAUUAUAAUAAAUUUCUACAUUUUAAAAAUACAUUUAACUCACAUUUAUAAACACAAAUAGUUUUUUAUCAUAUCCACAAGUAUUUAAAACAAAAUUAAUUCAUAAUAUUUAUUUGAAUAUUCAUGAUCUCAACAUAAAUUAUUGCCAGCCUUAUUUGUACUAUUAUUUUAGAAUAUGUUUUUCUUUUUAUAUUCUUGAUAUCUUAUCAAAUUAGUAAGAAUAUUUUUUAUUAUCUGUGUUUUACAAUAAGCUAUUAUACUUACUAGUAAUUAUUUAUAUAAAUACUAAUUUUAUUUCCAUUCUUAAAAUUAUACAAGAAACCAAAGAAAAUGUAUUUUUGUUAUUUUUUGUUUAAGUUUAUUUUAAUUAAAACAUGAGUUAACCAAUAAUUGAACUUAAAUAUUCACAGUAUUAUUAUAAUUAACUAGAGUACCUACUUUUUUUGUAUACUUGCUUGAAGAAUUUUGUUUUUAUUUUGUUUUUAUAUUAUUUUAUAUAAGUAAUAGAAUAUUUAUAAUUGUAAUUAUUAUUAUUAUUUUGUUUGAUAUUUUAUUAAUUGUGAUCUAUUGCUCUUUUAACAUUUGUAUGACAUAAACAUUUUUGAAAAAGAAUUUAAAAAUAACUUCUUUGUUUUAUAGUAGCUAGAGUACAUAACAUCUAUAUUUGUUUUAUAAAAAAUUUAUUUGGCUUAUUAAUUAUUUAACUUAUUUAUUAUUUAACUUAUUUAUUAUUUUACAUAACAUUUGUUUUUACACUAUCUAUUCUCAAUUAUACAACAUCAUAACUCAUAAUUUGUUUCAUUAAAAUUAGUUAAAACAUUUACGCAUAAAAUUAGUAAACCUAAGCAUUAUAAUUGUUUUCUUGCAGGCUGUCUAAAUAUUUAAGCAAAUAAGUUUGAAUCCAUUUGUGUAAGGUAUAAUAUGUAUUUUAUUGAACAGUGGUGUACAAUUAAAUUUGUAUAAAAAUGA